CGGUUGCUGCUGCGCUCGUGGUGCAAAGCAGAGAUGGCGUCUGCGAUUCAGCAGCUGGGGCGGCGCGUGGCGAGCUGGAGGCUGCGGCCAUCGCUGCCGCCGCUUGCCGGCCUAGCGUCCCAGCGAGCCCACUCGCUGUUGCCGGUAGACGAUGCGAUCAACGGGCUAAGCGAGGAGCAGAAGCAGCUUCGUCAGACUGUGGCUAAGUUCCUUCAGGAGCACCUGGCCCCCAAGGCCCAAGAAAUCGAUCAUAGCAACGAGUUCAAGAACCUGCGAGAGUUUUGGAAGCAGCUGGGGAACCUGGGAGUAUUGGGCAUCACAGUCCCUGUUCAGUAUGGUGGCUCUGGCCUGGGCUACCUGGAACAUGUGCUGGUGAUGGAGGAGAUAUCCCGAGUUUCUGCAGCAGUGGGGCUCAGCUAUGGUGCCCACUCCAACCUCUGCAUCAAUCAGCUUGUGCGCAAUGGGAAUGAGGCGCAGAAGGAGAAGUAUCUCGCCAAGCUGGCCAGUGGCGAGUACAUCGGAGCCCUGGCCAUGAGUGAGCCUAAUGCCGGCUCUGAUGUUGUUUCCAUGAAGCUCAAAGCGGAAAAGAAAGGAGAUCACUACAUCCUGAAUGGCAACAAGUUCUGGAUCACCAAUGGCCCUGAUGCUGAUGUCCUUAUCGUCUAUGCCAAGACAGAUCCGGGUGCUGUGCCAGCUUCUCGGGGCAUCACAGCCUUCAUUGUAGAGAAGGGUACGCCUGGCUUCAGCACCUCCCAGAAGCUGGACAAGCUGGGGAUGAGGGGCUCUAACACCUGUGAGUUAAUCUUUGAAGACUGCAAGGUUCCCGCUGCCAACAUCCUGGGCCAUAAGAGUAAGGGCGUCUACGUGCUGAUGAGUGGGCUGGACCUGGAGCGGCUGGUGCUGGCUGGGGGGCCCCUCGGGAUUAUGCAAGCCGUCCUGGACCAUACCAUUCCCUACCUGCAUGUGAGGGAAGCCUUUGGCCAGAAGAUUGGCCACUUCCAGCUGAUGCAGGGGAAGAUGGCUGACAUGUACACCCGUCUCAUGGCAUGUCGGCAGUAUGUCUACAAUGUCGCCAAGGCCUGUGAUGAUGGCCACUGCACUCCCAAGGACUGCGCGGGUGUGAUUCUCUACGCGGCCGAGUGCGCCACACAGGUAGCUCUGGACGGCAUUCAGUGUUUCGGUGGCAAUGGCUACAUCAAUGACUUUCCCAUGGGCCGCUUUCUUCGAGAUGCCAAGCUAUAUGAGAUUGGGGCUGGGACCAGUGAGGUGAGGCGACUGGUCAUCGGCAGAGCCUUCAACGCAGACUUUCCAUAGCCCGAGACCCUUCAUCCUCUUCCCAGCACCUAGAGGCCUUUCUUUGCAAGUAGAGAUGUGGCCGCUCUCCUACGCUGCCCAUGGCAGGCCGGGCUGCUCAGCUGCUCUUCUCGCAUCAGUCCUCUCGGCCUCUGCACGGGGCUGAGUUCUCCACAAUGGCUGCCAAGCGCCGUGGCCUCACAGCCAGGCCAGCCAGCCAGGACAGUGUUCUGUAGUAUAAAACAGACUCAGCAGGCAGCAUGUUGGCCUUUCUGGGGAUUGUUGGGACAGACUUUGGUGAUGACAGGACCCUUGCUUUCUAACUUUCGAGCUUGCAUUCCCCCCCCCACAGAGUGGACACCUGGGGGCAUGCAGGCGCCCACCUCUUUCUCUUGGUUGUGCCUCUGGCAGGAAGCUCUCUCUGCUCAAGUACAACAGAAGCAUUGCCCCCACCAUUUACUAGAACUAGGUAAAGGCUGAGUAUCCCUAAUCCCAAAUCUGAAACUUGACACACUUCUGGACCCAAGCAAGGGAUACUCAACCUGUAGUCUCUUUUCUGGGGAAAAAAGUAAAACACCUUGCCCUUGUUUCUGCGGGUUUCCAGAGGUAUCGACUCCCAGCAGCUUAUGAACUCAUGAGGUGUCCAGAGUCCGAGGAGGAGGAGAAGGUAGCGUGCUUGUCUUCUCUUGAAGGGUCAGCUCUUCCUCAGCGGGGCCUCUGAACCCUUCUGCGCCACCCUGCCACGGGCACCGUCCACUCCUGACCGUGUGACCAGCCACAGGUGAC